AUGCGCCGCACGACCUCGUCGCUGUGCCGCGUGGCGCGGCGCAAGCGAUGCUGGCGACGAGUCAAAGAGCGGACGCCUGGAAGGUCCAAACCGAUUGGUGUUUUGAAGUCGCAAAAAUGUCGAGAUGAGGAGCCCAGCUUCUUCCUGGAUAGCUGUCCAGACGCUUCCCUGGUGACCCUUGUGACCGCGCCGCUCGCGGCGCAGGAUGUCCCCUUCUUUCUGGACAUAGCCCCAGACUCUUCCUUGCUGGUGGGGGCUGCUCCUGCAAAGAGUACGGAGCCACCACCCGCAGCGUUGCCCGAGGACACCGUGUCUCAACAGGAGGUGCCUUUGCAGGAUGAAGGAGAUGAUAUGCCUCCUCCUGAGCCGCUGGCCUUCCGCGUGAUCCCCUCCACGGAGAGCAUGGCGGAGGCGGCACUGGAGGCGGCCUGGAUGGCGCCGGAGGAGCAGGUCAAGUUGCUCCGUGCGCGGAGUGGAAAAGUGAUAUUCUUGGAGAGCGGCCCUGACUUCGUGGAGCUCAUGAUGUCCAUCAUGAACGCGCCUCUCUCAGGCCUGCUUGCAAUCUCCAACAUCAAAUCCGUGGAAACCGGCGACCUUCAUCCACUCGUUGGCUUGAAGACAUCCUUAUCCAACUUGGGACCUCAAUCCUUUGUGCCUGGAAAGUCUGCUUCUACUGCCAUUCCCGGCACCUUUUCCAUGCAGCAACUCAUGAAGGGGUCAAGCGUUGCAAACAUUUUAAACAAUCCGUCUUGGGAGGCUUGUCCACGAGGCUGUCAAUACGCCUUUCCCAAGGGAUAUGCUUGUCCAGAAUGCGAAUACGAACAUGGAGCAUAUGUAGCUCCGCAACAUCUGCAAUCGGUCGUGGCCAACUUGAAGGACAAUGGAAAGUUCAUGGUGACGGAUGCCUUGGAGGUCUUUGAGUCUUCCACAAUUAUCGCAAUGGAGCUCGUGAAGGAGCACGUGGAUGAUUUCCGUCACAUCAAAACCUCCACAGAGACAGAGGUGCUUACGGAGAUUUUCCCCGAUGCAGACGCACAUGAAACCGAGUCGAGCAUUGGUUCCGACGGAUCCUUUGAGGCCAUUGACGCAGGAAAAGGGCAGAAGAAGGGACCUUGUGCUGGGAAGCAGGAGGAGCCGGAACACGAGUCUUUGGAUCGGUUCUACCGAGAGAAUGAGGCCAAGCGCGCAGAGCGCAAGCGCCCCGUGCAGCCGCGGUACUAUGAGGGCGACAAGACCAGCGAACAACUCUCAUCAGCCUUACGUACCGACGAUGGCUAUUUGACCAGGCUGGGCAGCAAGAUCUUCUGCAUGGUGUGCUUCGGCACGGGACACCGCGCGCAGCACUGUCCCGAGUCCAGGUGCUGGAUUUGCUUCUCAACUGGCCACAAUGUGAAACAUUGCCCUCGAGCCAAAGAGAAAUGCGCCAGCUGCUGGCGCAAGGGCCACGGCGGCGACCCCUCCACGGCCUGUCCCUUCGGCACGCUGAAGGCGGCGCAGCGCUACCGGGAGCAGUGGAGCCACGUCCGUUGCGCCGUGUGCCGGGAACCAGGACAUCCCAUGUGCGAUGGCACUGGGAAGCCUUUCCUUGGCUGGUGGGAUGAUGAUGAACCUGCAGGUCCACGGCAGGACGAGACGCAGAAGGCACACCGCUUCGCGGCUGCGCUGCGUGGUGCGGCAGGUACGUGGAAUGCCGGCAGAAGCAACUGGGAUGAGCACAAGUGGAAACAGGACUCCUGGAAACGCUCCCACGACUGGAAGGAUUGGGAUCGAUCGGAUCGGAAGAGACACGAUGGGAUAGCGCAGGAUCCCCGCGACACCGUCCUCAUAACGGCGCUCCGGGGACGGCAUCACCACUCCGUGCCCAGCAUGCGCAUCCGCGCCGCGCCCUCGGCGCGCUCGGCGCAACGGGCGGCAGAGAAGCUGGGAUGCCUCAAGAGGCACCAGCUGCACGCGGAUUCCGAGGAAGCGAAAGCUCCGGAGCUGGUGAAGUCCAUUGAAGAUCUUCGCGAGAAGCGUGAAGAGCUGAACCGACAGAUCCUGAAGGAGGAAGAAGACAAGGCCAAGAUCCAGAAGGAGUUGUCCAUUCUGACGGACCGCCUCCAGAAGGUGAAUGAAAGCCUGGUGCGCAAGACCCAGGCACGCAACGAGUAUGAUAAGACGAUCCAAGAGACCGAGGGCGCGUACAUGAAGAUCUUGGAAUCUUCCCAGACUUUGCUCCACGUUCUGAAGCGCGAGACCGUGAACCUCACCAAGUGCGCCGUGGUGAAGCGGGUGGUGAAGCGGGGACUGCCCGGAGUUUUGUUUCACGGUGCCACUACGGUGCCGUAA